UGCGGGAGUAAGAAAAAGUCUGGCCCAAAAGCCAGAGACAUAAACGGGCCGACUAUUCGUUUUACCUUUUCUCUUUUCUUCUUGUUGUUGAUAUUUGUUGAAAACCCUGAGGCAGCCUCUUUGUUUGAAUCGUCGUUUUAUUAUAUAAGCACCAUGGAAGCUCUUUCAAGCUCUUUGUUCGUCCCAACGUUUCAAGAGCCGAUUCAGUCUCUCAAACUCAAAAUAUGCUUCCCCAAAACUAGUACGCUUCUGAGAUUUGGAUCUCGAGCGGCUAUUGCUGCAAAAGCUUCAAGCGACGAUGAACACCUACUCCCAGUUGUUGAUGAUACAAACACCUUACCUGCAUCUCUGCUAAAAAGCACAUCAGAUAGCAGCAGUGCAGGUGCAGCAGGUGGAGGUGGAGGUGGAGGUGGAGGUGGGAGUGGGACUAGGGCUGGGCUGUUCAGAACCCCAAUCUCUGGUGGUGUGCAGAGUGCUACCUCUGUCCAUGACUUACCUAGACCAGCCUUGGCUGUUCGCAAUCUCAUGGAACAGGCCAGGUUUGCUCACCUGUGUACUGUAAUGUCUCGGAUGCACCAUCGCCGUCAGGGCUACCCCUUUGGUUCCCUCGUAGACUUCGCACCAGAUGCCAUGGGCCAUCCUAUAUUUUCCUUCUCUCCAUUGGCUAUCCACACAAGGAACUUGUUAGCUGAUCCAAGGUGUACGCUCGUCGUACAGAUACCUGGAUGGAGUGGCUUAUCGAAUGCAAGAGUUACGAUUUUCGGUGAUGUUAUCCCUCUCCCCGAAGAUCAGCAGGAAUGGGCUCAUAAGCAGUACAUAGCAAAACAUCAGCAGGGGCCUUCCCAGCAGUGGGGCAACUUUUACUACUUCCGAAUGCAGAAUAUAAGUGAUAUAUAUUUCAUUGGAGGAUUUGGGACGGUUGCUUGGGUUAAUGUUAAAGAAUAUGAGGCUCUUCGGCCAGACAAGAUUGCUGUUGAUGGAGGUGAGCAUAACCUCAAGGAGCUAAACGCAAUAUUCUCAAAGCCACUAAAGGAGCUGUUAUCGUUGGAAACAGAGGUGGAUGAUGCAGCACUGAUAUCAAUAGAUAGCAAGGGAACGGAUAUACGUGUCCGUCAAGGUGCACAGUUUAACAUACAGAGGCUAGCAUUCGAAGAAGGGCACGGGGUUGAAACUCUUGAGGAAGCCAAAACAGCUCUGUGGAACCUGAUUCACAAAGGUAGAGGUGGUGGGUUGAAACUGGAGCACAAAUUUUGACUCCUAAGGUUGGUUUGUUUGACUUGUUACAGCUUUUGUAUGAGACUAGUAACUAGUAAAUAAAGGGGAGGAGCAUAAUGACUAAUGCCGAAGAUCGUCAUUGGAAGAUUUCUUACUUAUCAAUAUAAAAACUGUUGUUAUCCAUAUAUUGCUUUUGCCGCACUUUUUGCUAGUUAUGUAGCGGGAUUGUUAUUCCUAAACACAAUCUAAGUGUUAGCGGUGCCUUUCUUUUGAGCGUAGAGGUUUUUCUUUAUUUUAAAUACUUUUGUUUUAAAAAGUUGUAAGAAUAUAAAACCGCGGCAAAAUACUUGUA